AUACAAUGACGGGGGCUUUACGACAACUGACAAAAAGUCCUGUACUCGUUGCAGCCAUUCUCAUUGCAGGAAUUGGAGGGACCUUCCAAUACGGCUUCAAUAUUUCUGUCCUGAACUCCCCGUCACCCUUCAUUAAAGAGCUGGUGAACAGCACCUGCCAGCAGCGCUAUGGACACUCCCUGGAGCCCUGGGAACUGUCCCUCAUCUGGUCUUUCAUUGUGUCCAUUUAUAGCAUCGGAGGGUUGGCCGGGACACUGUAUGCUGGACGUGUGGCUGGCAUGUAUGGAAGGAAGACGACUCUGCUUUUGAACAAUGUUUUGGCAAUCAGUGGAGCCAUCCUCAUGCUGUUCAGUAAAACUGCGCUCUCGUUUGAGAUGAUCAUGGUGGCGCGUGUGCUGUACGGCAUAAACGCUGGUGUGAGUCUGACUGUCCACACAAUGUAUAUCUUGGAGUGCGCCCCCAAAAGGCUGCGUGGGAUGGUUGGCGUGUCUGUGGCCUCUUUUGUCUCAUUGGGGAAGUUUUCCGGCCAGCUGCUUGGGAUCAGUGAGGUGUUAGGCACUGAGGAGGGCUGGAUUUGGCUGCUGGCUUUCAGUGGUGCGGCUGGGCUCCUGCAGCUACUGACUCUGCCCUUUCUCCCUGAGUCCCCGCGGUACCUGCUGCUUGAGAAAGCAGACAAACACGGCUGUGAGACGGCUCUGCGCAGGCUAUGGGGAACUGAACGGGACCCUGGACCAGAGAUGGAGGAGAUGUUGGCUGAACAUGCCGCCCUGAAGGGUGUAAAGAUCCACAGACUCAUGGACCUUUUCCUGGACCACAAUGUUCGCUGGCAGCUGUUUACCAUCAUCGUCACAUUCAUUACUUUGCAACUUUGCGGCAUCAAUGCUGUCUAUCUGUAUUCAUUUGAUGUCUUUCAAGCUGCUGGUAUUGCAAAGGAGAACUUGCGCUAUGCUGCUCUUGGGACAGGCCUGUGUGAAGUCUCCACCUCCAUCGCCUGCGUGCUUAUCAUUGAGAGUACAGGGAAGAGAUUGCUUCUCUUUAGGGGUUACAUCUGCAUGGCCGCCUCACUGGCUCUUCUCACACUCACACUUUACCUUCAGGAUUUUGUGUCCUGGAUGCCAUAUUGCAGCAUGGUCCUCAUUUUCAUAUACAUCUUCUUCUUCUCUAGUGGACCAGCUGGAGUGACAGCACCACUUCCUGGUGAGAUUUUUACACAGUCCUACAAACCACCAGCAUUUGUGGUUGCCUGUGUCCUCAACUGGAUCGGACUCUUCCUAGUGGGCAUGUUAUUUCCUCUCAUUGUGGAGCAUUUGGAUUAUUUCUGCUUCCUUGUGUUUUUCGUGUUUUGCUUCUUCUCUGGUGUUUUUGUGUGGUUCCACGUGCCUGAAACCAAGAAUAAAACUGUUCUGGAGAUCACAGAGGACUUUAAGAAAAUGCACCAGAAACGUAGACACUCAUUACAGUCUAAAAUGAGCUCAAUACUCAUCAACGACAUACAGUCCACCAAAUGUACUAAACUUUAGCACCACUACAAAAUCAGUCCUGUAGUCAAAUUUAGAAACCACUAAAAUUAGCAACAGCUAAAAAAAAAGGGCCUUUUCCACCCAAUAAUCCUUGAUUUCUGAAGGAAAUGUGGUUUGUUUGUGUCAUGUUGGAGGAUAUCAGGUGUUACAAUGUAAUCCACAUCCCUUUUCUAAACUCAAAAUUCAAUUUCAAUUAGAGGGGAGCUGAAUGAUGAAUCAAUAAAUGUGUACUUUGUGAUGUCGGGUUCAGGUUUGGCCUGAUACAGUUGUUGUGGAGCAAUAGUUGUAUUGACGCUGUUGCUCGGAUGGAUCUGUAAAGUGAUUAGUAAGGCCUGAGUAUCGGUUGAGUGCUCAGAGGUGUGUGUUGACCUCUUGCCACACCAAAGAAUUAUCAAGUUAAAAGUGGACUUCGCCAAAAUGACUAAGCAAAGCAGCAUCUCUCAUAACUCGUCCAUGUUUGGGUGAGUCUCGUGAAUUUUGGAAGAAAGGUUAGUUUAAUGUUUAAAUGCUGAUUGUGUUUUUUUGUCAUGAAUGAUUUUAAGCAUAAGAUAAAGUGAUUGAAUUAUAUUAUACAUGUGUCUAAAACACAAAUAAAGACUAAUACUUUUACUUGUAAAA